CGAUCGCAUUCAUUGUAUAUUAUUUUUUGCUUCUUUGUGGAGUGUAAUAAAAAAGAAUAGGCCCAUGAUAGCUGCAUAGCACAGCCCGAAAACAUAUUUGUAGCUUCUUUUGCUGCUGAAUCGGGCAGAAUAAGCCAACAAAUUAUUGUACAAAAUAAGAGAAAAAGUUUAACUUUCAGUUACUAAUAUGUCUCGUCUGACACUUCUCGAUGAUGAUCUUGAUCGUUAUCAUGACGUUUAUCGGAAUGGCUUCUCAAAGAUCGCGAAGAAAGACGUUGUUUUGAAGGAAGUCGCUCAACAUUUCGACAACAUUGUUUUGAAGAAGAUGACUGACGUAUUCCAAGCAGAAGAUCAAUUUAAUCUUCUAGGCGUCGGUGUUGGUGAAGGCCACUGUGAGUUUCACUUCUUGAAGCGUCUUGGAUCUCACUUCAGAUCGAUCAAAAAUGUAGCGGUGGAACCUAAUGAAAGCUUAUUCAAAGUUUUUAAAGCCGAGACGCAGGCUUGGAGUUCCGAUAUAAAAUCAGAUUGUGAAUCGCAUUACUUCGUUGGCUCUCUCGCGCAAUUCUUUGAUGAAAGCCCCCUGGUGAAUCGCAAGUACAACUUAAUUAGCGCUGUGCAUUCGCUGUAUUAUACCGGCGACUUGGAAGCGACCUUCAUACGACUGAUGUCAAUGCUUAAAGAUAAUGGAGUUAUGGUCAUUGUCUUAGCAGGACCGAACUUGAUUUAUCGAACACACGACAAUAACCCAUGGUUACCAGCAUUCGACCGCUAUACCGAUACACCAGAAACUCUUAAAGUCGUUCAGCUGGCUGAAAGAGAAGGAUACAAAGUGUCCGAAUUCGAGCUGAAUACCAAGUGGGAUGUCACUGAUUUAUUUGACGAGAAAUCGGAGUUGGGGGACAAACUUGCCGACUUCUUGACCAUGACGGCGUAUUUUCGUAAAACGGCACCGGCAGGAAAGGUAGACGAAAUCAUGAGGUUUUGGCGAGAGUCCUGCUCAGAAGGUGGAAAUGGACGUCUCCAAACAGAACCUGGAGAGAAGCUUUUCUUCAUCACUAAGUAGGUGGUGUUUUUACCACAUCGUUAAACUAGAUUCGUAAAGGACAAGUGCACCCCAACAAAAAGCUGGUUUGAAUAAAAAGAUAAAAAUCAAACAAGCAUGACACUGACAAUUUCAUCAAAAUCGGGUAUUAUUUCAAAGUUUCGCUUAAGUUCACAAACAAACAAGAUUUUUUUUCCAUUAAAAAAUGGCCCCCGUUCAGGGAUCGGGUGACCUGUACGCAUGUCUAUGAAUGUACUUUAUCAAUAGUCUUUCAUCGGAAUUUGAUCGGAAUGUGUAUACACUUGAAAGUAGCUCCCAAUGCUUUAACAGUGAGAUAUGCAGCAAAAGAUCAUUUGCUCA